AUGUGGGGAUCCGCAAUUGCACCCGCAGAACGAGACAGUCGCCGGAAUCCAUGGCACGAAGACGACUACAUCCGCAAUGGCAGAGAAGAGGUCGCCGGUUCGGAUGACCAAAGCGAUGACGACAGUCCCAACAGCCCCAACAGAAAGCGCCUUUCACGUUCUGGGACGUGGGGCGAACGUGAUGCUGGAAGGCUAGACACACAUGCAGCUGAACAGGAUCUGGAGGUAUUGCGAGGAGAGCUUGCAUCACUCUCCAAAUCAAAAUCACAUGGUGCACAGUCACAGCGAUCGAAUGCCCUUUCGAGGACCGCGAGCAGGAUUAGUACACGCCAUAACCAACAUCGAGCCACACGCCAGCAUACGCAUGACAAUGAGCCUGAAGAGCCUGGCAACGCCGCGGGAGAUGAAAAGGAGGAUGACUUCGAGCUCGACAAGUUCAUGCGUGAAGGGCACUUUGAGAAACGCAAGGAUGGCCAAUCAGCGAAGAAAGUUGGUGUCAUCUAUAAGAACCUCACCGUCAAAGGCGUAGGGUCUACAGCUUCAUUCGCCAGAACUCUGCCUGAUGCAGUCUUGGGCACCUUCGGUCCCGAUCUUUACCGCAUCGUCUCAAACUUCGUUCCGGCGCUCAAGUUUGGGAAGCACAAGCAGAUGAGGACACUCAUAAACGACUUCACUGGCGUGGUCAAGGAUGGAGAGAUGAUGCUUGUGCUGGGACGUCCUGGAUCCGGAUGUUCGACCUUCCUCAAGGCCAUCGCGAAUAACCGGGAGAGUUACGCUGCAGUCGAAGGUGACGUUUCAUACGGCGGUAUACCAGCCGACAAGCAGAAGAAGCAGUUUAGGGGUGAGGUCAAUUACAACCCCGAAGAUGACUCUCACAUGGCCGAUCUCAAUGUUUGGCAGACGCUCAAGUUUGCCCUCACUACCAAAACGAAAAAGCACGAAAAACAUGAGAUUCCUAUCAUACUUGAUGCGCUCCUCAAGGUAUUUGGUAUAUCUCACACCAAAUACACAAAGGUUGGAGAUGAAUAUGUCAGGGGUGUCAGUGGAGGUGAGCGCAAACGUGUCUCCAUCGCGGAGACUCUCGCCACGAAAAGCACAGUCGUCUGUUGGGACAAUAGCACCCGUGGGCUCGAUGCCAGUACUGCUCUCGACUAUGCAAAGUCACUGCGCAUUAUGACCGACAUUAGCAACCGCACCACACUCGUCACGCUCUACCAGGCGGGAGAACAGAUCUACGAAGUCAUGGACAAGGUCAUGGUCAUCGAUGCCGGUCGUUGCAUCUACCAGGGACCCGCACGUGCUGCAAAGCAAUACUUUGAGGAUCUUGGCUUCAAAUGCCCUGAACGCCAGACCACUGCUGACUUUCUCACCGCUGUCACUGACCCCACGGAGCGCCAAUUCCGUCCUGGAUUUGAGGACAAGGCACCGAGAACGGCAGAGGAGCUUGAGAAGGCAUUCAGAGAGAGUGGAAUGUACAAGAGCGUGUUGAGAGAGGUUGGAGAGUACGAGAGCGACUUGGAGAGGAGUGACUUCGUGCAAGCAAAAGAGUUUGAAGGAGCAGUGCGUGAAAGCAAGAGCAAGACUGUGCGCAAGAAGAGCCCUUUUACCGUCUCUUUUGUGCGACAGGUGCUUGCCUGCACGCAAAGAGAGUUCUGGUUGACAUGGGGCGACAAAACCACUCUCUACACGAAAUUCUUCAUCAUUCUCUCCAACGGUCUCAUUGUCGGCUCCUUGUUCUACGGUCAAGCACUUGACACGUCGGGAGCCUUCUCGCGAGGUGGUUCCGGCUUCUUCUCUAUUCUGUUUUUAGGUUGGCUCCAGCUAUCGGAACUCAUGAAGGCUGUAUCUGGCCGAAAUGUGGUCAAGAGGCAUGAGGACUAUGCUUUCUACAGACCUAGUGCCGUGGUAAUUGCACGUGUACUGCAGGACUUUCCGUUGCUUCUUGCACAAGUGAUACCGUUCUCAAUUAUAAUGUACUUCAUGACUGGACUUGAUGUGGACGUUUCCAAGUUCUUCAUCUACUUCUUAUUCAUCUACGUCACCACUUUUUGCAUCACGACACUUUACCGCAUGUUUGCCGCACUUUCGCCUAGUAUCGACGACGCUGUCCGAUUCGCCGGUCUCGCUCUCAACCUUCUCAUCAUAUACACCGGCUACGUUAUCCCCAAACCAGACUUAUUGACUAAAUAUAUUUGGUUCGGAUGGCUCUAUUGGGUCAACCCCGUAGGGUACUCCUUCGAAGCGGUAUUGACGAAUGAGUUCUCUGAUCGAAUCAUGGAGUGCGCCCCGGGUCAAUUGGUACCUCAGGGACCGGGUGUUGACGCCGCGUAUCAGGGAUGCAGCUUGACGGGUGCGUCACCAAACUCGAACACCGUGUCUGGCGCGGACUAUCUCGAUGUGUCUUUCAGCUAUUCGAGAUCGAAUCUCUGGCGCAACUUUGGUGUCCUUAUUGCCUUCACGAUUCUCUAUCUUUUGGUGACGGUGAUUGCAACCGAGACUGUCUCUUUUGUGCAGUCAGGUGGCGGUGCGCUGGUCUUUGCCAAGAACAAGCGUGCGAAACAGGCUGUAAAGGAAGAGGCUCCUGCCGACGAGGAGCAGGUCGUUGCGGGCGAGUCUACCUCAAGCUCUUCUGACACCGCUGCACACGAAGAGGAGACACUGGAGUCCAUCUCGAGCAGUGAGAGUGUCUUUACCUGGAGCGAUGUCGAAUAUACCGUUCCUUACCAGGGAGGCGAACGCAAGCUACUGAACAAAGUCAAUGGAUACGCAAAGCCAGGCGUCAUGAUUGCUUUGGUCGGUGCCUCUGGUGCUGGCAAGUCUACCCUACUCAACACUCUAUCGCAACGCCAAACGAGUGGUGUGGUGUCUGGAGAGUUUCUUGUAGAUGGCUUGGGCCUUGGAAAGUCUUUCCAACGAGGUACUGGUUUUUGUGAGCAGAUGGAUCUUCAUGAUGGCACUGCGACAAUUCGCGAAGCCCUUGAAUUCUCGGCUAUUCUCCGUCAAGACAAGAAGAUCCCUAGGCAGGAGAAGCUCGACUACGUCAACAAGAUCAUCGACCUACUUGAGCUGCAAGAGAUUCAAGAUGCACUGGUUUCGAGCUUAGGUGUCGAGCAAAAGAAGCGUCUGACGAUCGGUGUCGAACUCGCCGCGAAACCCUCGCUACUUCUCUUCCUCGACGAGCCCACUAGUGGUCUCGACAGCAACUCCGCAUACUCAAUCGUUCAGUUUCUAAAGAAGCUCGCACAGGCAGGUCAAGCUAUCCUUUGCACCAUUCAUCAGCCGAGCAGUGUGCUUAUUCAGCAAUUCGACAUGAUACUUGCCCUCAACCCCGGCGGAAACACAUUCUACUUCGGACCCGUAGGCGAGAAUGGCUCGGAUGUAAUCAAGUACUUUGGGGACCGCGGCGUAAAAUGCCCACCGAGCAAGAACGUCGCAGAAUUCAUCCUAGAGACUGCGGCGAAGCCCAUCAAACGCAAGGACGGUAGCAAGAUCAACUGGAACGAGGAAUGGCUCAACUCUGACAACAACGCGGCGAUGCUCAAGGAAAUUGAACGCAUCAAGGCAGACCGCAGCAAGGCCGUUGCAAGCCAAAAACAGGAUGGAGGCGCAGAGGAGGAGUCAGAGUUUGCGGCCUCUACAUGGGAGCAAACCACCAUGCUUACCAAACGUACCUUUACGCAAUACUGGCGCGACCCUUCUUACCUCUACGGAAAACUCUUCGUCGCGGUCAUCAUCGGAAUCUUCAACGGUUUCACCUUCUGGCAACUCGGCAACAGUGUCGGCGACCUGCAGAACCGCAUGUUCAGUCCUUUCUUAAUCAUCCUCAUCCCGCCCACCAUUGUCAACGCCGUGGUACCCAAAUUCUACCAAAACAUGGCACUGUGGCAAGCACGAGAACUCCCAUCGCGCAUAUACGGCUGGGUUGCAUUCACCACUGCUCAAGUCGUUGCCGAAGUCCCUAUCGCCAUCGUAUCCAGCGUGCUAUACUUUGUGCUCUGGUAUUUCCCCACCGGCAUGCCAACAGACAGCGCAUCAUCCGGGUACGUUUUCUUGAUGACGAUGCUCUUCUUCAUCUUCAUCUCGUCAUGGGGCCAGUGGAUUUGCGCCUUCGCACCCAGCUUCACCGUCAUUUCAAACGUCCUCCCGUUCUUCUUCGUCAUGUUUGGUCUGUUCAACGGAAUCGUACGCCCGUAUGAUAUGAUGCCUGCGUUCUGGAGAUACUGGAUCUACUACCUCAACCCAUCCACGUACUGGAUCGGCGGCGUUCUCUCAGCUACCUUAACCGGUAUCCCAGUUCAGUGUCGGGAGAGCGAGACGGCCGUUUUCGACGCGCCCCCGGGCCAGACGUGCUCGUCUUAUGCUGGUAGCUUUGCCUCGCAAGCGGCGGGAUACCUUGUUAACCCCGAUGCUACGACUGGGUGCCAGUACUGUCCUUAUAGUGUUGGUGAUGACUAUCUUUCUACUCUCCACGUCAAGGCUAGCGACAAGUGGCGUAACUUUGGCAUCUUUUUGGCGUUUUGCAUUAGUAAUUGGGCGUUGGUGUAUUUUUUCAUUUGGAGCAUUCGCAUCAAGGGGUGGAAGUUUGGGUUUGGGGCUUUUGGGAAGCUCAAGGGGAAGAAGAAGACGGAUGGUUAG